AUGGCGUCUUCAUGGCGUGAAGGCGAAUUCGGCAAGCGGCCAGUCCGCAUCGCCAAUUGCUCAGGAUACUGCGGAGAUCCGUCAAUCGAGAUGUACAAACAAGCCACCCUCGGCCAAGUGGACUUCAUCACGGGAGACUACUUAGCUGAAAUCAACCUCGCAGCCAACGCCACAGCCUACGCAUCCGGCCAACACCCCGGCUACGAACCCUCGGCCCUCAACGGCCUGGCCGCCGCCCUCGACGCCCUCGCCACCAACCGCAUCAAAGUCGCCAUCAACGGCGGCGCCCUCAACCCGCGCGGCCUCGCUCAGCGCGUCGCCGCCCUCGCCCGCGAAAAGGGCCUCGACCACGUCCUCCGCGUCGCCUACGUCGACGGCGACGACCUGCGCGAGCAGAUCGGCCGCAGCACCAUGCCGCGGACGAAGGAGGAGGCGGUGGGGUGGUUGCCGCAUUUGGACGCUGCUUCUGCGGGGGAGGGUGGUAAGGAGGAGGCGUUUGCGUUCUUGCGGGGAGGGGACGGGGAGGGGGUGGCAGAGGGGGAGAACGCAGGAGGAGGCGGCCAGCCCAUCGUCUCGGCCAACGCCUACCUCGGCGCGCGCGGCAUCGCGACCGCGCUACGCAACGGCGCCGACAUCGUCAUCGCGGGGCGCGUCGCCGACGCCAGUCCCGUCGUCGCGGCGGCGUGGUACUGGUGGGGGUGGGAUGAUGGCGCGUAUGACGCGCUGGCUGGCGCGCUCGUCGCGGGGCAUCUGAUUGAGUGCUCGGCGUAUGUGAGUGGCGGGAACUUUGCGGGGUUUAAUGAGGCGGAGAGGUAUGGCGGGGUGGACACGUUUUUGGAGCCCGGGUUCCCGAUUGCGGAGGUGGAUAAGGAUGGCGCGUGUGUGGUGACGAAGCAUGAGGGGACGGGGGGUGUGGUGGAUGUGGAGACGGUGAGGUGUCAGUUGUUGUAUGAGUUGCAGGGGAAUGUGUAUUUGCAUAGUGAUGUGAAGGCUGUGUUGGAUGGGGUGGAGGUUGAGGAGGUGGGGAAGGAUCGUGUUCGUGUGAGCGGGAUCAAGGGGUUGCCUCCGCCGCCGACUACGAAGUUGGCCGUCUUCUACAAGGGCGGAUACGAGUGCCAGAUUCUCGUCAAUGCCACAGGGUACGGCUGGCGGGAGAAGUGCGAGUUGUUUGAGAAGCAGGUCCGGAAGCAGAUGGGAGAGGAUCUGAUACGGAACCUCGACAUCCUGGAAUUCCAGCGCAUCGGCGUCCCAGCCGAAAAUCCCUGGGACCAAAACAGCAGCACCAUGUACAUCCGCAUCGUAGCCCAAUCCCGUUCCGAAGCCGCUCUCAAAAAGCUAGCACCAGCAGUCAACAGCAUCUCCCUCAGACACUUCCACGGCUACCACUGCUCCCUCGACUGGCGCACCGCGUCCCCCAAACCCUACCUCGCCUUCUACCCAGCCCUCUGGCCGCAAUCCCGCCUCGCCGAAACCGCCCACUUCGUCUCCCCCACCACCGGCGAAACCACCUCCUCCCACCCCGCCGGCCACCCGCCCACCUACGCACCCCUCGGUCCCCGGGACACCUAUGACACUUCCUCCCCCGUUUCCCUCACCACCACCGCCACCCAGCGCAUCCGCCUCGGCGACAUCGCGCUCGCGCGCUCCGGCGACAAGGGCGGCAACCUGAACGUCGGCAUCUUCGUGCGCAGCUCGCCCGACAACACACAGCAGGAACAGAAGCAGUGGGACUGGCUGCGGAGCUACCUGUCGCGAAAGCGUAUGUGGGAGCUGCUGGGCGGGGAUGCGGCGAAGGGGGUGUACAGGAUCGAGCGGGUCGAGUUUGCGCGGAUCAAGGCGGUGCAUUUUGUUGUGUAUGGGUUGCUGGGCAGGGGCGUGAGUAGCGCGACGAGGUUGGAUGCGUUUGGGAAGGGGUUCGCGGAUUAUUUUAGGGAUAAGGUGGUUGAGGUGCCGGUGGAGGUGCUUGGGAUGGGUGUGGGGGUGGGGGAGAAGGCGAGGAUGUAG